AUGUCAGUAUUACUAGAUUGGGUAUCAGAUGCACACCUUCAUCAAACACUCACAGAACAACCAACACAACCAUCAGAAAAACUCUCUCAACCUGAUUAUCUUCAGGAAAAAAUUACUAGGGUUUUACCAUCACUAGUAGAUUUAUUAAAGGAAAACAACCUAGUUAAUCUACGUGUAUCUUUACCUUGUUUACAGUUUAUAUACUGGUCAUUAGUUCAUAUUGAAAAAUCACAAACUACCACAAAAACCAACAUGGUGUCUACAUUACGAAGAUUAGGAGAAGAGAUAUAUCGACCUCGUGCUCCACAUCGUACAGCCGACAGUCCAGAUAACUCUUUACACGACUAUCGUUAUGACAGACGUCAAGACGGACUGUUCUUUCACAGCUGUAAUUCACAUCUACGUUUUCUUUCAUCAUUAAUCAUACUGAAAACAUUGUCUCAAGCUGAUGUAUUAGCAAUAGUAUUUGAUACAGUGAAGAUAGAUUUAAAGUCAGAUAUGGUUAAAGAAUUAUUUUUAUAUUAUCAAGCUACUCCAGUUAUCUCUUCUUAUCUUAAACCUGUUAAUAAGGUGUUUCUUGGUCAAGCAAUAGAUAUAUUUAUACAGAUGUCAACAGAUUCACCAUUUGCAUCUUCAUUUCUAGAGAGUUGUGGUAAUGAGUCAUGGUUUCGUACUAUGGCUAUGGUAUUAAGAACACCAAUACAAGAUAAUCGUAUCAUGGACUGUAUCAGUAUUCUACUACAAAAACUCUCUAAAAUCAAAUCAAAUAAAAAGUAUUUUGAAGUAUAUACUAUAACUAGUAUUCUACAAGAGAUAUUAAGAAGUUGUGGAAAUGAAAAUGCCUUCCUGGCUCUGAAUCUAAAAUCUAUAUUAUUUAAUUUAAACUCUUCAUCAAAGUGAUUUUAAGUCCCUGAUGUUGAAAUUUUUGUGCCCUGAAACAAGGGGACAGAACUUUUAAGAUGUCUGAUUCCAAUGUCUAUUGUCCCUUUCAUCAAUUUCAGAACCUCUUUCUGUCUCAUUUGAUGUCAGCAGCAAUUCUGAUAUGAUAAGAUUUCUUUUGUUUUUUAACGGAAGCUAAAGUAUUGACAUAUUCUGCUAUCUACUAGGGCUGCUCUUAGGAGUUGAAUCCAAAUCCAAAGCUAUUUUUGGAUUCUAACUCCAUUCAAAUGAGCGCCUGGAUAUUUUCUCUUUUGAAAUUGAAUAGAACAGAUAAAGAAUGUAUAAGCAAUGGAAAUUUCAUUGUGUUGUCAAGCUACUUUUCUUUUCCGUGCUAGUGCCUUGCUCUUGUAAAACCACUCUGACAUGUGAAUGAUUUUUGAAUUGACUAUACUAGAGAAAUUUAAUGAUUUGUGUGGUUUGUGGAUUAUAACCAGCAUUAUAUUUUACCUGUGAUAACUUUAAAGUUCAUGUUUUUGUAUCAGAGUUAUAUGUAUUAAAAUAUGAAUAUCCUCAAU